AUGGGCCUGGCUAUUUUCCGCUGGGCCUGCGUUCGCUAUUUUUUUACUCGGUUGAAGAAACAGAAGAGCGAACAUACAAGGGUUCGUCGAACUUGCGCCAACGGGACAUGGAAAGUCCAAACCAAAGGUUUUCCUAUCAAGAAUGGCAAGGGAACAGUGGUUGGGUUUAGAAGAAGUUUCAAGUUUCAAAGUAGUAGUACUAAACAAGGAGAGAACAAUAAAAUUUGGCUGAUGAAAGAAUAUUUCGUGGGAGAUGAUUUCUUCAUAGAAAACAACAUUCCUAAAGAGGAUAUUGUAGUGUGCCGAAUCAAGAAGAAUACAAGAUCAGAGAAAAAUCAUGGGGUAAAUAUGGAGGAACAAGAUGUUGCCAACGUGAUCGGAGCUAUGUUGCAUGGACCUGAUGAAGAUUACUGCGCAACAGUACAACCAGCAAUAGUUUGUCAAGCAGCUGAACAUCAAGUUAUGGACGAGGCUCAGAAGAUGAACGAACAUAACAAUAGCAGCUAUAUUAAUGACUGCUCCAACUACCAAGAAGAGAUCAAUUGGGCUGAUGAUGUGCUCGUAGAUAUUGACGAUUUUGUUGAUAUAAUUUGCUGUUGAUCUUCAGAAUCUUGAAUAAUAAAUGGUGGAACCAGAACGCAGGGAAGGAGAGAGCAGCAAUCAGUUUACAACUUUAUUGAAUGAAGUUUACUCAAUAGAACUUAGAGAAAAGUAGAGCUUCUAGGUAAUUGUAGUGUCUCAUCGGAACAAACUUCUUAAGAGAAGCUUGCCAGAAGAUUUUACUUGUAUUCAUGUAUAUGUAGUAUCACUUAAUAAUUUUGCCACGAUUU